CUCUGACCUCCCCGACGAGGCCGCCGCCUAAACCCCACGCGCUCCCCCAACUCUAAACCCCGACGAGCCGCCGCCGGGUUCUACCUCCUCGGCAAGCCACCUCGCUGCCGCCGCCGUCAGGGCCACAUGGGGAGCAGGGUGGCCGCGGCGCUGCUCCGGCGUGGCAGGGACCAGGCCUCGGCUCUGAUGAUCCCCCGCCUGGCCCCGCGGAGCGCCCCCGCCCCCGCUGUUCCCAGGAUCGGAUCCGGAUCCGGCUCCGGCUCUGGCUUCGGCGGCGGCGGAUGCCUCCUACCCCCGCGGUCGGGGACAACGGGGGCCUUCUCCUCCGCUUCGCGAUUCGUCCCCUUCCAUGCCUUCCGCUCCCUCGCCCCCAAGACCUCACUGGGCCAAUGCACAAGACAAAUGUCAACUGCCACAGCAGCAUUGAAUUCAACGAUGGCCAAUGGAGCAGCAAAUUCUGGAUUGAAGUUACUUGUUACAAAAGGGCCUCAAGCACAGAAGGCUAUUGGGAUAUGGCUUUUUGGCUGUGCUGCCUGGGUGUUUAGCUUGGUCAUACUCGGAGGAAUAACUCGGCUUACACGUUCUGGUCUGUCAAUGACUGAUUGGAAGUUCACUGGGGAAAUACCUCCAGUAUCAAAUGAGGCUUGGCUGCUGGGAUUUGAGAAAUACAAGCAGUCGCCUGAGUACAAGAGGGUGAACAAAGGAAUGAGCCUUGAGGAUUUUAAAUUUAUAUACUGGAUGGAGUACGCACACAGAAUGUGGGGAAGAGCUUUAGGCUUUGUAUUUGCGGGUCCUUUUGCGUACUUUAUUGCAAAAGGGUAUGUGACCCACCAACUUGGGCUCAGGCUGUCAGCUCUAUUUGCACUUGGUGGUGCUCAAGGGUUGAUUGGCUGGUGGAUGGUGAAAAGUGGUCUUGAGGAACCAACAUCUGAGUAUGUUCAACCCAGGGUUAGCCCUUACAGGUUGGCAACUCAUCUAACAUCUGCGUUUGUUAUAUACUGUGGUAUAUUGUGGACUGCUUUGUCAGUAGUGAUGCCAGAUCCUCCAACAGGAUCAAUGAGUUGGGUAGAUGGCGCAGCAAAAAUUAGGAAGUUGGCUAUUCCUGUCAGUGCUGUCGUAGGCAUUACUGCCAUAUCUGGAGCAUUUGUUGCAGGCAAUGAUGCAGGGCACGCAUACAAUUCAUUCCCAAAGAUGGGUGACACUUGGAUUCCCGAAGAUGUAUUUAGUAUGGAGCCUUUCAUACGCAAUUUUUUUGAGAAUACAUCCACCGUGCAGCUCAAUCACCGAAUUCUUGCAACAACCACAUUAUUGUCUGUGGCUAGAUUAUGGCUGGCUGCAAGAAAAAUAGACAUGCAUCCAGCAGUCAAGUCACUGAUAGGGAGCACGCUUGGGAUGGCUGCUCUUCAGGUUACGUUGGGCAUAUCGACACUCUUGAUGUACGUCCCUACCUCGUUGGGCUCAGCGCACCAAGCUGGAGCAUUAACUCUAUUGUCACUGAUGAUUCUUCUCACUCAUACAUUAAGAAGGCCGUCACCAACUCUUCUUAAAUCGUUUGCGGCUGCUGCGAAACCAAACUGAUACUACACCUUGAAAAUUUUCAUACAACAAUUCCCCCCUGCUAACAUGCAUGGGUGCCCUUGUUUCUUUGCACCCCGCCUGACUACUGAAGCUUUUUGCCAGAAAAGUAUGCUGCACUUGAAUAAAGUGUCCAUGAUAGUGCCGAAUAUUAGAAACAUUAUUGCAUUUUUUUAACACAUUCUGUUUUGACAUGUGAACUCUUGUACCAUUGUGCCCAUGGAAGCGGAUGGAUUUGUACCCUAUGCUUAUACACAAGCCUCAGUUCCCUUUCUAUUCUUGUGUACCAGACCAAGGCUAAUCAGCCAAAAAUAAUUUUGAGAAUGUAAUAUUCAUGUACAAAGGCUGAUAGGCAUAUGGUACGUUUGGAUGUUGUUCA